AGCUCUUGCGAGUAAUUCGCGUUUACAAGCGCCCACUUUCUGGCGUCGCAAAAAAUCUUAUUUCCGGGAAGACCUACGCUUGUAAUUAAGAUUCCUGUAGUUGCAAACUGUUCCCUAAUUAUCUCCGAGUGAUUUUAUGUGACUAAAGAGUGAAGAUAUAGCAGUGGAUCCAGCGAAUUGGCCACCGGUUUCUCCGUUUCGAGAAUUCUCGACGGCUUGUGUGGGGUAAAAGCGCGGUUUGGACAGGAUUGGAUCGCUAGAAGGUGCCUAAGGCAUGGAGGAGGAGCCAGUUGCCAUCGGCAAUGAUGGCCAGGUCAUCAUUUCUGACCAAAUCGGACACAAUUCGGAAGGCGUGGAUGGCGUUAAAGCCGCAAAUCCGUUUAGCAGAAACACUAAUUCGGGAUCAAGGGAAGGCGGCAUCCUGCAAAGUUUCGAGGCAGAAAGGCGGCUCAUCGCUUUGGUGCGCCGCCAGCCGAUUUUGUAUGAUGCCCGGCAUCCGAGAUUCCAUGACGUCGCUCUCAGGGAGGAACAAUGGCAGAAGAUCGCCCGCCGCCUGGCAACGGAUUUGACCAAUUGCCUGACGGCCUGGUCGGAGCUGCGCUACAGAUUCCAGCGCCAUGUGCGACGUCUAAGGUCCUUCCAUCGCAGUGCCACCCAAAGCCAUCGGACAGUCCAGCGUCGGCGUCCUUGCAUGCGACACGAGGAGGAGCUACACUUCCUGUAUUCCCAUGUGGCCAGGUUCCCACUAAUUGUGGAGAAGGCCCAGCCGGCAGAGAUUGUGGAAGCGGAAAGGGUCGUUGAGAAGGAGAAACUGCCCGAUGUGGAGUUCGUGGAACCUCCGCCAGUGGACAUAAUAGAUGUGGAUCUCGAGGAGGACACCACCUAUCACUACCGUUGCAGCAAGGAAGAGCGACGCCUCAUUGAGGCAGUCCAAGCCUAUCCAGUUCUGUACGAUGCCUCGUACACGGGCUAUCAGAACAGACGACAUCGCGGUCUAGUUUGGGGUGCCAUUUCCAACGAACUCCAUGACAAAGCCACCAAGCUAAUGAAGAGCUGGCUGAAGCUGCAGACUCGCUACGAGUGGGAGCUGACCCAUCGCCCUUCACUGGUCGCCACUUCGGAGCUGUGCCAGCGAAUGGAGUUCAUGCAACCGCACAUACUGCGCCAGCGCGGCACCGUAUGCAAGGCUUCCAAGUACCUGCAAAAAGAAUGGCACGAGCCCAUCGAGCACUUCCGCAGCGUGAUGGCGCUGAUCAAUACGAUGCGCAACAUGCCCGAACUAGUACAGCUGACGGAUAAUUCCCUCAACUACGAUGUGAAGCCGCCGCGCUACGACGAGUUCUGGAAGAAGGUCGGUUUUGAAGUGAUGUGCAGUCACGAGUGCUGCGAGGUCACCUGGCUGGUGCUGCGCUCCUUCCACCACGAAUUGCUGGCCAUGCGUUUAGCCGGCUACCUGCUGCAGGACAAGUGGUACUUUGAGAACGCCCUAAGCAGUAUCUUUAAGCACGUUGCCUCUCAUCCCACGCCCCGUCACGCCCCAAAACGCAAAGCCAACGGCUCAAUACCACUGGUGGGGGAGCCCCCGUCCAAAACAACGGUGCCGCCACGUCUGCCACUGGCUAUUGUCUACCCGCCCACCUCAAAAGGCAGCAGCACGAGUAUGACCAGCAGCACGAGCACUGCCACCAGCAUUGGCCCCACCCUCUCGAAUGCCAGGAGCUCCUCUGGCUCAGCCAUCAACAAUGCGCCCAUCGCAGCCGCAACCAACAGCGUCAGUUCAAGUGUGUCGACCGAUCAAGCUGUUCCCGCGUUUGUGAUUCCCAGGAUCGCGUCCGCCAUCAGUGUGGGACCGACCAAUACGCCACCCUUAAAGCUGCCGCCCACAUUACGAAUUGCGCCCAAAACGGCGGUGGCUAUGGGAAUGGGCGUGUCCCCCGUCGUUGCCACCAAUCAAAUGGCGGGCUCAAAUGCAAAACCGGAUGAAAGGCGUCCACAGAUCCCACAGCGUCCUGGCUUGCAGGUUACGCUCCUUACGAAGCCUCAAAUGCCCAAACCUCCGCAAAUGGCACCGGCAGUACCACGCAAUGUAAUUCGAACGAUGAAUCCAACCAAUCCAGCUCAACCACAACCGAGGGUCUCCGGUGGUCCAAUGUCGGCACUGGGAUCACUGCUCAGCGGAACGCCUAGGCCGCAAAAUCCAGCGCCAUUACAUUCACCAGCUCCGCCACAUGCACUGCCCAAUUUGGUACCAAUAAUACCAUCGAAUAUCACAGCUAACAGCAACCUGCCAACAGCCCCAGCGGCUCCGAUGGUUCGUAUACACCAGCCGGGACUAAAAAGCGGUCGGGAUGGCAGGAGCAUAAGCUCUCCGGCCAGCAAGUCAAUGGGAUCCCCAGCAGCCACAUCUGUGUCUGCAGCAGCAGCUCCUAUCGCACCAACUGAAGAACCAGCGAGAGCAAAAACAUCACAAACAAUGCCAGCAACAACAGCGAAUUACCCCAAGAAAUAUCGACCAAUCGUACCGGCAGUCCCUACAGCAAUUAGGAUGACCAAACCGGCAGGAGAACCACCAGCAACUGAGUUGCCUGUACCUCCAGUGCGAGUUGUAUAUAAAUCACCAUUAUUUCCUAAAUCAGCAACACAAGCUGCAUCUGCCACAUCAGCAACACAAGCUGCAUCUGCAACACAAGCUGCAUCUGCCACAUCUGCAACACAAGCUGUAUCUGCAACACAAGCUGCAUCUGCAACACAAGCUGCAUCUGCAACGCAAGCUGCAUCUGCCACAUCUGCAACACAAGCUGCAUCCGUCACAUCUGCAACACGGGGUAUAUUAGCAAGUCAGGCUAGAACUGUAGACAUUUCGGACAAACCAGCACCAGUGGACGCACCAGUCAAAUUGCCGGCAGUAGCCAAGGCAACACCAGUAUCGCAGUCAGAUAAGGAAGCAAGCGCAUCCCUAGGCAGUCAGCCGGAGAAAUUGCCGGGAGGCGACAUAAGCGUUCGUUGGCAGGAGUAUGCCGCCACUGGGAACGUAUUGCAGAUUUGGUGCGGCAAAUACCCUACUCGGUACAAUCUCAAUAUGGUUAGGACGGCAACGCUGAUCCGCGAGGUGAUGGCUGUGCCGCAGCUGCACAGGGAAGAUCCACAAUUGGCGGCCAAGUGUGAUGAGUUCUGGAAGGUCAUCGCCAAGAAGUUUCACAUGCCAGAGGAAGCUUUGCGCGUAUGCUGGAAAUUCUUGGCGGACAACAUGAGUGUGUUUCCGAAGAUUGCGCCGAUGUCGGAACUGAUGCGUCCAUUUAAGGCCAGCGUAAGGGUGUGGGAGAAAUCGCAUCGUUUGUUUAGCAAAUUUGACGAGAUAGCACUAAAGUACCAGUGGAUGAAUCACAAGGACAUAUUGCCGGACGUAAUACGCCUCUUCGCGAAGCACGAGCACCUCUACUGGGAGAUGCGCAAGCCGCGACCUGGCGAAAUGACCCAAAUUCCACACCACUUCACGGAUCUGGAGAAACAGGAGGUGUGGCGGGAUGCACGCAUUAAAUACCCAAAUCUCAAUCAUCGGGACAUUUGGUCAAUGUUUAAGUUCGCAUUCCGCACGUACAUGGAGGAUCUAGAACGCGGCAUCGAGAAUCCCUGGCCACAGAACUGGUGGCAGACACUGGAGCAGCUAAGGUUUCUGGCCAAUGUGCGCUACCAUCCGCUCGAGCCCUACUACUAUAUCGUACACAACAAGAUCUCAGAGGAGGUGAAGAGGUGUAGCAUGUACGAGGCUCUAAUGUCCGCCGAUCCUACCGAUAAGGUCAAACCCACACCGGCUAUCCUUUUAAAGCGGCUUACCAAGACACCCAUGCCAUGGGAGACGGAGGAGGCCAAGCGCUUGCUUACCGGCAAGUUGGAUGGCUUGAGAAGCUCUGAAAGUACCAGCCAGACUGCUAUUCCUCCUGCUUCUGCUUCUGCUCCUCCUCCAGCUCCUGCUUCUGCUUCUGCUUCUGCUUCUGCUUCUCCUGCUUCUGCUCCGCCUCCAGUUCCUGCUUCUGCUCCUCCUCUUGUUUCUGCUCCUACUCCAGCUCCAGCUCCGGCACCCACUGCUCAAUCUAUUCCUGUACCUGAUGGCGUUUCCGUGUGCACAAAGACACCCGAAAGCAAGCCAGCGCCAAACACCAAUGUCAAAUCUCAUAAAGGCAAGAAAAGCUCGAGCGCGCAAAAGCGUUUGUCCCCUGCGAAAACUGUCCCCUGCAAUCUACCGCCCAUUGAGGCGUUUGAGCUGACCAAGGUGCUGCGCCGCCAACCACACACCUUCGAGCGGGCGAGCACCAUUAACAAGCGAACCGCCUGGGUCCGCGUAUCAAAUGAGUUAAAUGCCACAGUGACCGAAUGCCGUUUAGGACUGCAGUACGCUCUGCGCGAGAUGCGCAAUCUGAAGAUCGCCGAUCCAAUGAAUCAAUGUGCCAUGGGCCACAAGUACUUCCACCACAUGUCGGAGAUCUACAAGCAGGUGAAGCCGAAUGGCCAGCUCAUAGUCCGCACACCACAGCAGCUCAAUCAGCUAAACCAAUCGCCUGCGGAUGUAACCGCGGAGGAAGUUAAACCGCGCGGAUUCCUGCCCGAAAUCAAUGUGACCACCUGCAGUCCGGAGCUCGUGGUUAAGAACUGGGCCCACGCCGCCGGUAACUUGUCCGCGCCCAGUCAGGAUACACUGUUUGUCAAGCUGACGCAGGUUUUCUCCAAAUACGCCAAGAAAGUCAAUCCGACAGCACCUUAGCUCUCCAAUCCAUUGGCACGCUUAUCGUGGUCAUACCUAACUAUGUAAGAACUUUCGCCGUUCCAUUGACACUCUCAAUGCGCACGUCAUUGUCAUUAGCAUACAUCUUAUUUAUAACAUUGCGAGACAUAUUUUUUUUUUAAGACAUAUUUAGAAUAACUUUUGAAUAAAUGGUUACAACAAGUAAA